UUGAGAGAAGUUUGAAUACACUGUGUCACUAUCUUUUGAUUUUUGAUGGCACCCAUGUUGAUUGAUUUGAUGAUAUGAUUUCUAAUGUUUUCAAUUAGGUCAAGUUGGUGGGUAGAUUCUAUCAAAGUUUGUUUACUGCUCUGGUUUUUAUUAAGAGUGCAAGAAGCUCUGAAAUAGAAACUUGACAAUUCUAUCUGUUUACUUCUGUUUGCCUCACAUAAUGCAGUCAGUGCCAGUGAUUAUCUAAAAUGUAGGGAUUUGGAUCAUCAAAAUUCAAAAUAAUGUCUUGAGUGAUAUCCAUCUGAAAUGUAGGGAUUUGGGUCAUCAAAAGAAAUGACUUGACUCAUAUCUGUUCCAAAGAAUGGCUGGAGUGAGAGAAUAUAGUGAAGCAGAGUUGAAGCAACUUCUGAUGUCCGCAGCCAUUGAACUGGAUUCUAUAAGAGGCUCUGCACAAUCUCAGAUGCAGCUUCAAGAAGCCCAAAUAGCCCACCUGAAAGAGAUUCUGGAGAGAGUAAGGAGAGAAAGAGAUGAAAAAAGAGAGGAAUGUGUGAGGCUCACUAACAAGUUAGAGUACAUUCAAGCAGGAGCCAUUGACACUGGGUGUAAUAAUAAGUGUAUUAGUACUGCUCCUGGUUAUGAUCAUUCAGCAGGGUCUGCAUAUAAACAUAAUAGUAGUUUCCUAAGCAGCAGUAGCAGAAACAUACAUGAAAAUGUGAAACCCCUACCAGAGAGAGGAAAAUUGGUUGAAGCAGUUCUUCAGGCAGGCCCUCUCCUGCAGACACUCCUUGUGUCAGGUCCACUCCCACAAUGGAGACAUCCUCCACCAUCAAUUCAGUCUCUGCAACAAAUGGGUCCAAUAAUUCAAGAGGCCAAUUCUCCUGGCCUUUUAUGUGAUUGCUAUACAUGUAAGAAUGUGGGAAUUGAAUCACCAGUUUUUGCUUCUACAAAUAACUUUGUUCAUGGAGAUCAGAAUCUGUGUCUUAGCAAUAUGAACACUGUGAGUACAGGUUUCAGUUCUAAGAGCACUCAUAACAAUGAAGAAUGUAAUGAGUGUCAGACUGUCCCUACUGCAACUAAACCAGAAAUGGGGAUGUUCCAAGCAUCUAAUAGCAAAUUUGGUUUUGGUUGUCCUUCUGUUUUAGGGAACCAGUCUUUUUAACUAUAAUUGUAUUUUCAGAUUUCAUAUAUGCAAUGAUUGUUGCAUGCUGAAUAAUAAACAAAUAUGAUAUCUUUCAACAUAUUUCAUAGAUG